AUGUGGCCCUCAUCGGAAUCGCUAUCAAACUUCAAGGAAGCAACUCUAAACGUCGCCUCCACGCGCCGUCCCUGGAGCGUCUUCCUCGACCCCUCCGCCCUCACCCUACCGUCCUCCAUGUCCGAAGCCGCCACGCGCCUCACCCGCAACCUCGUCUACUUCUUCUUCAACUACGCCCUCCUCCUCCUCCUCGUCUUCCUCCUCACCCUCUUCCCCUACCCCCUCCCCUUCCUCCUCUUCUUCCUCCUAUCGGCCGCCUGGUACUUCCUCUACUUCUCCCGCGACGACCUCCCUCUCGCAAUCCUCCCACUUGCCUUUCUCACCUUUGCGGCACUCUUCACUACCGGCGCCUGGCGCAACCUGCUUCUUGCCGUCGUAAUUGGGGCCUUCUUGAUUUUCUUGCACGCCGAGCUCCGGAGUACGGACGACCUUGGGGACGAUGAUGAAGAAUCUCCCUUUGGCUCUAUUUUUGGUGACAAUUCGGUCACUGGUGGCUAUGUGGCUGUUUGA